GUUGAGUUCAGAACUCAACCAGUUUGUAGUUUUCUUCUGAAGCUCCUCCAUUCUUUCUUCUCUUCCCGUACGAGUAUGGCCAGAACGGCGUCUUCCGUUCCCGGCGGCUCCGUCGUCGACAACAGGCCUUCGACGCAUCGACCCAGAUCUCUACGGAACCGGUCUCCUCCUCCGCCUUCCGGAAGAGACCUUCAAGUUCGAGGAUGGUCCUAUUGAUUGGUCUGGCUCCGUCGGAGGCCGAUGGAGCGGUGAAAUCUCCAAAAGAAGAAGCUGAGGCUGCGAGGCUGAGGGUUUGUGGAUCUGACGGACCCGUAGUCGUCAGAUUACGCUUGAGCCACGCCUAGCCGUUCGAUUACGUGUAAUCAAUGCGCAACUGUCCGAUUGCGGGAUGAAGCUCUCAGCCGUCCGAUUAAAACCGAGAAUACCCAGCUCCGUCGUACCUGAUCGCUAUCGGAGGAGACCUAGUUUGGGCUUUACAGCUGCGUGUAAAUUGAGCCCAAAUAAAUUGGUAUUGGGAUUUAUAUAUAAGUCUGCCCUAGCUCACGAUCACGACCCCUCAUUGACCGAAAGGAGUGAAAGCUUGACUGGAAUUUGUUCAUCCAUGGCGGCCCCGCAACUCCCGCCUUGGUCGCAUCAAUGGAGUCCGCCUUGGCUGCGUCAGAAGAGGCUUAUGCGAAGUUCUCCAGGGAUCUGGAGAGACAUCAAAUUAAAUAUUUUGAUCUCUCAACCGAAUUCUUUGACCUUCACAAUGAUUUUAUGGUCAUUUCCACUCAACAUGAGUCAGACUUGGAGGCGUUUGAGCUCAUUAAGAAACAGUUUGAAAUGGAUUUGGAAUCCCACGCAGAUACUAUUGAAGCAUACUGCAGUAAUGUCAAGGAAUGUACUGACCAGGGAUCCAGCUUUACCGAUUCUGACAACGUGAAUGAUGCUGAAUCCAUUCAUGAGCAGCGUGCUGAACUCUUUCAAAAGUAUCAGCAGGCAUAUGCUAGCUAUGUGGAAUCAUUCACAAAGUCUAAAAAGUUUUUUGAAGAUUUGAAGUCUACUGUUCAAAAUUUUUAGAGACGCUAUGCGCCACUCUAAUGAGGUAUGAGAAUUAUUCUUUACUCUUUUGUUUUGUCCCUUACUA